AAAACGUUGUAUGAGCGAGAUUUAGCAGAGCCAAGCAGAAUUACUUUACUACGCCAGUAGCGAACAUCAGAGCCAGUGUCGAGUUUUUCCUCUGCGGACGGGUCGCGAUAUACCUAUACUUACCUAGGUAACAAAGUGGAUGCAAAGAUUUUCCGAUCGGUCGACAUUAAAUUUUCUUUCUGUGGUCAGAUUUUAUACCACUAAUGACGAGAGUAAUGGUUGUGCAGUGCGGAACACAUUUCGCGAAGUGAAACGGUGCCCGAACUUGGCAACAAUUUAAGCUGGAAGUGCCCGAAAGCGGUGGAGUUGAAAAUUUCAAGGCCUCCACCCGUUCGGGAUCGAGUGAUGAGAUUGAAGAUCUUGCGGCUGCAGAAACGACAACUACAGGAAAUGUUCGGUUUCAAGCACAGAACGCCGAGUGUGUCAUUAUUGAAAUGUCAAUACCCAGUUGACAUGAGGAGUUACGAUCAUUAGCGAGAUCAGCACCAGUAGCAGCAGCAACAGCAGCAGCAGGUUCAUCUCUUUCUAAUUUCAGUAUGCAAUAGAAACCGACUUAAGCAUCUCAUAGGAACUGAGAAACUAGUUUUUCGAACAAACAAACACUAGUACUUGGAUAGUAGUACUCAUACUACUAGAGGUAGUAGUAGUAGUAGGAAUAAUAGUGAUUGGUUGCAGCAGUAAUGGUACUCGCAACGACAGUGUUGGUAAAAAAAGGUGCUUAAGGAAUAGUCAUACUGACUGCUCUACCGUAAUCCAAGUAAAGCCACCACCCAAAGCUCCCCCAGGAUCUACCUGGAGGAUAGAGGCAGAUUACGAAGUUAUCGACGAAAUAAUGCUUCAAUAUACUGACAUCCGCCAGUGACUCCCAUCGAACCAUCUCUAUCCAGCUAUCUUUACAUCGAGUGGAUUGGGUCCGGGAAAGGCUUUAAGUGGACUGCAAAACCGAAUAGAGAAAGAAGGAAAGAAAAAAAAACCUUAUGGAAAAAAGGUGAGAAGAAGUGGCAUGGCAUCGCUGCGAUGGAAGUGUGUUGAUGCGGAGCCUGUGCUGUACGAUUUGAGCCGGUAUAAGUAAGCGCGUUGGUUGCACUUUCCGGCUGUCGAUUGGUUUCGCUCUCUUCCUCUCCGUCUCUCUCGGGCACCGCAGAAGAAGCAGCAGCAGCAGCAAUGGGUGUGUGUAUGUGUUUGCGUCAGUGCAGUAGCAAAAAGUAGUUAACCGGGCCCGAACGGUUCAGGACUGAGUGAAGUAGUGCAUCAUGAACGAUCGGCGGUAGAAGGUAGCUCUUGGAAAACCGGUAGUUCAGUUCAGCGAAGUUCUCGGUUGUGAGAGGAAGUAAUGUAAUGAAUGCAAUUAUUAAUUCCGUAUCAGCAGUAGUGUUGGUUAGUAGUGGAAUUGAUAGAGAGAGAGAGACCCCGUUGCCAUUGAUGGAAGAAAACAGCAGUGAGCUCUGAUCCUGGCAGCGAAAAAAGUGUUCUAUUGUCACCGCAGCAACCAAUCGAGUCGAGUGUGUCGAGUGCCUCAGUGUUCCUCUCGGAACGAAAGUUACUGAUAGCACCGUCUGAAAUAUAUUGUGUGUGCUCUCCGAAUGUCUCUAGAUUCCCUGCUGGAUGAGCGAAGAGGAAAAAAAAGGGAAGGAAUAAACUGUCUGCGCCCAGUGUUGAGUUUGCUUCGUGCAAAUGUGCCCGGUAGUGCAUUGGAAAGUGGUUACUGAUGGGAGCUAUUGAGAGUAUUAGUGUUACAAGGAUCAAGUGUGGCACAUCGUUGAACCCAUCGGCAGUUCUGUGCUCAACAGUUGCCGUCGCCGCCGCCGCUACCAUCACUGCCAACAGUCGACUCUGUCGGUACAUCGCACCGCCGUACUUUCUCCGUGCGGGUCCAAACCGAGGUGUCAAGUGUCGUUAUUGUGACACCGUCGUCAGUGCCGGUGAUUGCCCUGAGAAGUGUGCAGGUCAGUGGGGCCGAUAAAACGCACGAGAUAGAUAGGAUAGAGAGAUAGAUAGCCUAGCUAGCUGGAGGCGCGCGUAGAAGCAGAAGAAAAAGCAGUAGUCUAUGCAGUUAGAUAGUGCCAUUCAGUGGUCCAAACGCGGUCCGUACACCUCCACCUGGAAGCAGUGAUCAGUGCGCUCGUGUGCCGUGUGGGUGAUUUUACGGCUUUGCUCGUGUUUUGCUGUGAGAAUUUCCCGGUGCGGAGAUCCCAAACAUUGGGAGGUCACGGCCGUACUUCGUCGUCAAGUUGCGGAAACUCCGAGCAUACAUGGCUAACAACCUCUCGACGACCAAAAUGACCAAUCCGAUACGCGGGCUCGUCAGCAAGCACAGGAGACGCUACACCCAGGAUGGGUUCGAUCUGGAUCUCACAUACAUUAACGAUCGGAUCAUCGCCAUGGGCUACCCGGCGGAGAUGCUGGAAGGAAUCUACCGCAACAAGAUCGAGGACGUGCAGAGGAUGCUAGAUAAGAACCACGCGGGACACUACAAAGUCUACAACCUCUGCUCGGAGCGAAGCUACAACCACGAGCGCUUUCCGUACUACUCCGUGUACCCUUUCAAGGACCACAACCCACCGGAUAUCGAGUUGAUCAACUCGUUCUGCAAAGACGUUGACGAAUAUCUGCAAGCGGACAGCAGAAAUGUCGUAGCCGUGCACUGCAAAGCCGGCAAAGGACGAACAGGUACCAUGAUAUGUUGCUACCUGCUGUACAGUCGGAUGUUCGGCACGGCCGACGAGGCACUUCACUACUACGGACAGCGGCGCACCAGGGACAGCAAGGGUGUUACGAUUCCGUCCCAGCGUCGAUACGUGGAAUAUUACGCGACUUUGUUGCGAAGCAAUGAAUCGUAUCGGCCGGUUACGUUAUACAUCUGUGAAAUCCGGUUGAGCCCAGCGGUCAACGUCAAGGAGGGUACGAUCAACGUUACGGGCAAAAGUCCGCAACCGUUGCCGGAGUUUAAGCGCAUCGACGACCAAACGGUGGCAAAGCUUGACUACUGCAUGCCCCUGGCCGGUGACGUCAAGAUCGAAUUCACCAAGAGUUUGGUUCUGCGGAAGGAGAAAAAAUGUCACUUCUGGGUCAAUACGUACUUCGUGGAGAAGUCAGCCAAGAGUGAUGCCGAAGGAAAUCUGUUUCUAACGCUCUGCAAAACGGAAAUCGACGACGUCCACAAGGAUAAGGAUCACAAGGAGUAUCCGAAUAAUUUUACGGUCACACUGGUCCUGCGAAGGGUACCGACGGGCAAAUAUUCGGAAAGUGUCAGCCUGAAAAAAUGCCAUUCUCCGACGGGCGUUACAAACUCUCCGCUCAUCAAGUGCGACAUGGACAACAAUCGGCAGCCGCAUCCGCAACACCAGCUGCAGCAGCAGUUGCAGCAAAUGUUGCAGCACGGUCAGCACCCACCUUCCGUGCACAAGCCGCUAAACAGUGAUCCGAACUGGUCGGCGAUAUUCAAGAAUCAAAUCAGCUACAACGAAACCAAUCAUGACUCGUUGCCGUCGGUUGGUUUCCGGAAUGACCAGCACAAUGAUCAUCACCACAAUCAACAGCACCAGCGGCCCGGUUUGAUAUCACCCCAGCAGAACAACCACCACUCGAAGCAACCAAUUCUAAUGCCACAACAACAGCAACAGCAGCAACCACAACAACAACAACAACAACCGCUCGCCUUCCAAAUAAUGCAUGCCAGCAGUAAUCAGCAACCGCAGUAUCUGGACGAAAACCUACACUGUCUGGAGUUCUCGGAAACCUCCAGCUCGGAAUCGUCGACCGAGGAGGAAGGCUGGGAUUCCGGGUCCACAACCGACGGCAUCCGUCACCAUCACCACAACUCCAUUGCCACCACAACAACCCACGACAGCAACAUCGGUGUCGACCGGAACAACGGUCACAAUCAACCGGUUGUCAUCCAUCAACAGCUGGCCGGUAAUCAUCUUCAUAACUCUCACGAUGGCGGUGGCAUGAGUCGGUCAUCACUGCUGCUGCCGCCGCCACAACCGCCGUUGGUGGUGGCUGCCGAAGCGCUAAAAACGCCCGUCAACACAAAAUCGCCCAUUAAAAAAUCGGCCUCGGCGGUGGAAGCGGUGGUCACCAGUGCCGCCCAUAAAAUCAACAGCAAACUGCGACGAAUGUCGACCAACGCGAUCUUUAGCUUUAGUGCUUAUAACAGUAAUAACACUAACUGUAAGUCUAACAUUAAACCUAGUACUAGUAGCAGUGUUAGCGUUAGUAGCAAUAAAUGUGAUAUUUUCAAUCCAUUGUCGUCGCGGCCAAAUGACCAGCAACAACAACAACAACAACAACAGCCAAACGGCGGUGGCAAAGGGUCAAACCCUUCGAGUCCGCUCGCAAGUCCAACCAAACUGGUUGGCCGUAGCAUUAGCAAUGAUCCGACCGCUGCCGGCACGACCGACGGUGGACUUCUCGGUAGCAGCACUGCCGAAGAACCGAGACGAGAUUCGCUACCCAUUAUCGGUGGUCUGCUGUCGUCGUUUUCGUCCUCCUCGGUGUCAUCCUCGAACUCAUCCUCGCUUUCGUCGUCCACUUUCGGAAUGGGGGCAGGCAAUGCCGGCCACGGUCCGAUUCCGAUUCCCAAAACCAACAAACUGAAGAGUUUGUUCUCCGUUAGCUCCUGCUAUGGCAAUGGGUUCUCCGGUAGGGAUCCCGACGACGACGACGACGACCACGACAACACUGAAAAUGGUGACGGUACAAAACGUGGCGGCGGCUCUGUGGUGGACAACGGUGGUAAUGUUGACGAUCACGACGACAACGACGACGACGGUGACACGGGGCACGUCGUCGAUGUUGGCAGCGGCGGCGGCGGCGGCGGCGGAGGUGGUGUUGACCAGCUACGCAAGCUGGUCGGUGGCUGUGCCAGCAACAGCGACAGCGGUCGGAGUAGUACCGAGAUUGCAACCGAGUACCCCGCCGACAAUGGCUGCCUGAAAGAUCUGGUUUAGGUUUGUUUCCGUUUUAUUUUUUUGAGGUGGUGUUUCUUUCGUUGCCCGUGUUUGACUUGUUUCGUCACUCUGACUACUGCAGUGCCGUAGGAUUAUUGUUUGGCCAUUAACGCGGUCCGUUCUAAAACACGGAAAUCCAUCACUUUGAAAAGCAAUUCGAAAAUAGUUGCACCAACGUUAUUUUUCCAAUAUCGUGAAUAAAGUUGGUACCCUCGUUGUGUGAAAAAAUAUUGCGUCUAGAAGCAAGCUUCCAGUGUUUUACUAUCUUGAUAAAAAAGUUCCCGGAAUUAAUUCAGAAAAUUCAAAAUACAAGAUUAUUCAUCAAAAUGAUCCUGUCCCCUUCAAAGUACUCUCCAUCGACUGCAGCACACUCAUGCCAGGCGCUUGAUCCAACCCCCGAAACAUUUUUUUAUAUUCAGUUUUCGGUAUGGCCAUCAGCAGUGGUGGUAAAUUGCGAACCGAACGCCGAUGCUUCUGAAAAUUUACUCAAAAAUGUUCACCGAGCGUAAGCAUGCGAUAGGUUCGAAAACUAUUCCCUCGGUUAAUGCGAAGGUGUUCUGUGCUCGGUGUUCGGCGAAGCAAUCUGAUUCGAACCGUUCGGUUGGCGGACCAUCGGCGAGGGCCGAGUAAACUGCGUUCGAUACGAUGGUUUGUUGAUUUCAGUUCUCGCAUCCUGGUUUUGAAAUUAUCAAUGCACACGUGAUCAGCUCAAAAAGAAAUUCUUUUGCUCGAUUGAUAGAACGAUCAAAAGCAAUUGAAAUGGCAUUAUUUUGGACAUUAUCAGUGUGUGUGUAGGGUGGCUCGAUAUGGAAAAUAGUAAGUUUUGGAUCUUUUGCAAAUUUUAUAGUUUUGGUUAUAGAAUCUAUAACAAUAAGAAUUGAAUAUUUUGGAACAUUUCAGCAAUCGUAGAGUGGCUCAAUAUGAAAAGGGAUUUUUUUUACUCUUGCAAAUUCGAUGUUUAAUAAACUGGUGAGUCAAUAGCAAAGAAAAUUAAGUAAUUUCAGGUAUUUUCAACGAGCGUAUUUAAAUUUGAUGUUCUAUUGAUUGUUGAAUCAAUAGCAGUUCAACUUGCAUAAUUUUAGACAUUUUCAGAGAGCGUAGAGUGGCGAAAUUUGAUUUUUUUUAUUUUUUUUACUAAUUCGAUGAUUUAUUAAAUAGUAAAAAAUCUUUGGAAAUUAUCUGCCACCGUAGGGUUUUUCUAUUCGAAAAAUUGUAAAAUUUUUGACUAAUAUCAAAUCGAUGGUUUGUUGAUUGUUGGAUCAAUAGCAGUUCGAAUUGAAUAAUUUUGGGCAUUUUCGGUGAGUGUAGGAUGGCGCAAUAUGAAAACUUGUAAAUAUUUUGACUUCUGCUGAUAAAAUGUUUCAUUUAAUAGUGAAUUAAUAACAAUUACAAAUUGCUCAUUUUUUAGAUUUUCAGGGACCAUAGGAUGGUUCUAUCUGUAUAAUGGUAAUGUUUUUGACUAAUGUCAAUUCGAUGCUCUAUUGAUUGAUGAAUUAAUAGCAGUUCAAAUAAGAUGAUUUUCAUGAUGAUGAUAGGAACAUUUUCAGCGAUCGUAGGGGGGUUUAAUAUAAAAAUUUGAAAAUAUUUUGAUUUUUGGUAUUUUAAUGUUCAAUAGAUGAGCGAAUCAGUAGCAGGUAGAAUUGGAUGAUUUUGGACGUUUCUAGCGAGCGGGCGACGUUUGUUAAUUUUGGAUAUUCUCAGCGAGCGCUGGAUGGCUUAAUAUAGACAUUGCAAUUUUUAAACUAUUUACAAUUUCAUGCCAGCGGUAAUGCGGGAACCGAGCACCAAUGGUUUAUACAUAUUUGUUUAGAAAUGUUUUUCUAGCAAAAAUAUGCAAAAGCUGUUCAUUCGGUUUAUGGUAAAGUUCGCUUGUUGUUCGGCGGAGCAAUAUGUACCAAACCAUUCUGUUGGCAGACCAUCGGCGAAGGUAAAUUGAGCUCUAUUCGAUGCGUAGUUUUAUUAUUUAUGGUUCGAUGAAACGCCUACCUACAGCAUCAAAACUAAAUUCUAUUUCAGUUGAUGAACAAAGCAAUAGCGCGGUAAAAAUUACAAUCAAAAUCACAGGCACUUCGACGAUUUGCAUGUUUAAAUCCGAUGGUUCACCACCACUACUAUUUAUAUAUUAAUCAAUACAGCAUCCGAUUUCGAAAAAUAGUUCACAAUUUCUCAUAUAAAGCUGCCUUACCACCGAACAAAAUACUUAAAAUUCUAAUAUUCCAAUUGCUAUCUAUUAAACAUUGAAUUAGCAAAAGGUAAAGUAUUCCCAAAUUUUUGUAUUAAGCCAUUCCACGCCCACAAGAUAUGUAUAAAAUUAUUCUAUUCGAAUUUAAUUCAUUCAUCAAUCAAUAAAGCAUCGGAUCUGCAAAUUCAAAUACUAACAUUUUUCAAAUAGGACCUAUUGAUUCACCAAUUAAUAGGACAUUGAAUCGACAUUACUCAAAAAUUUUAAAAUUUUCCGAAUAGCACCACCAUACGCUCGUCGAAAAUGCAGAAAAUUAUCAAAUUUACAUUGCUCUUGAUUCACUAUUAAAUGAAAAAUGAAAUCAGCAAAAGUCUACAUAUAUGCAAAUUUUCAUAUUGCACCAGCCUACGCUCGAUAAAAAUUUAAAAAAUUAUCAACAGACCAUCGAAUUAGUCUAAGAUACAAUUUCUGUCGAUUUUUCAAAUAGAACCACCCUACGGUCGCUGAAAAUGUCCAAAAUUGUUAAAUUUUAAUUGCUUUUGAAUUAAUAUUUAAUUAAACAUCAAAUUAGCAAAAAUCAAAAAAAUUACAAAUUUUCAUAUUGCGCCACCCCCGUUUGCUGAAAAUGUAAAACAUUAUCCAAUUCGAACUGCUAUUUAUUCACUAACCAAUAGAGCAUCGAAAUGACAUUAGUCAAAAAAAUUUCUAUUUUCUAUAUACAGAGGCACCCUACGCUCAUUGUAAAUACCCAAAAUUACUCAAUUACCGUACGCUCGCUGAGAAUGUAUAAAAUUACCAUACACUGCUAAGCUACCCACACACUGAAACGUACAGCCGCAGCUGACAAAGUUCGGUUCAUCCGAAGCAACAGCCUAUAGUACUCAAAUCGAAUGUUCAUGAACAUACUAGUAACGAUAGGUUCACAAAACAAAGGAAUCGGUUCUUUCACCAUCAGCAUCGCUUCUUGGUUCGGCGAUGCUUGCUCGAACGAUGGUAUCGGCAAAUUCAUACUCGCGAUGGUGGUUCGCUUUUUGGUUCGGAACGAACACGUUUUGCGUGUUCGGAAUCGAUGCUUUACCACCACUGGCCAUCAGAGCCAUCUGCGAUUUUUCCGUAAUCUCAUUUCGGGUGCUGAAACGCAUUUCACGGAGCGGUUUCUUGAGUCGACCGAAUAGGAAAAAGUCACACGGAGCCAAAUCAGGUGAAUCCGGUGGUUGCGCGAUGUUGUUCGUUUCGUUUUUAUCCAAAUGUUCACGGAUAACGAUGACAUUGUGUGACGGUGCGUUAUUGUGGUGCAAAAUCCAUGAGUUUUUUCUUUUAUUAAAUUUUUUUAUUCAGGUCAAUUUGCGUACAAGCUUUUUACGUGGCCGAAUGAGUCAUGUUUUUAUUAGAUAAAUAAUUUUUUUUACCGUUAGAUCUCGUUGUCACCCUUUUUCUAGGGGGGAGAGGAGCUUCCAUUUUUAUAUUGCGAUAAUUGAGGGGCACUUUGUCCGUGGCUUGUCGCUGCACAGUGAUGCCUCUUCAUACAAAAGUUGGCAAAAACCAUAAAUACGUCGAUAAACGUCAGCUGGAUGAUUUUUUAUUAAUAAUUUGAGGUCUCUGAAUAUAUUUUCAUCUUGAUAAUGUAUGAAAAAAUAUUCGAUCCACCUAAAAGUGACAUGAUGCUCCUUUCGCUAUGGACCGGAAAAUGACGACUUUUUUAAAAUAAAUUAACUUGUGUAUUUUUAUUUAUUUCGUGAUUGAUUGGGAGCUUUAACUAAUGUUUCAAAUAAUGAUUAAACCUGUGAUGAAAAUGUAUACACAGAGAAAAAAAACUUUUCCUGAUAUCUUGAAAAUAUCAAUUUUCUCCAGAAGGGCUUAUCUUAAUAUUUUUUUUCUGAUAUGUUGUAACAUACAACUGAUGUAGUUUAUUGCACUAUGAUUGAAGAUGGGAGAGUAAUAAACAAAAAAGUGCGUUUUUUUUGUUUAUAACAAAAAUGCUAAUUUUUGGAAAACGCUCUGCAUUUUGCAUUUUUUAAGUUUUUCGACUUUAUGAAAGAACACAAACACAAGUACAAACUAAAAUUUGGUUGAAUAUUAACGCUUUACUAAUAAUAGUGGAUUUUUAUUAUGUUACAGUUUUUUAUUAAAUUAUGUAAAAUGAAAAAAUACGAAAAAAAUGACGCUGAGCAAACAUGCUUAGUUUGCUUAGUUUUAGUGGUUCGAAUAUGGGAAUUUUUAUAUGGAUUACAAGAAAGUUCCGGAGAACAUAAAAAGUGCAUGUGCAUGUGGGAUCAACGGGGCGCUAUUUAUUAUGAGCUACUCAAUUGCGUUUGGACAGAGCAUUGCAUGAAAAGUGGACGCAAUAUGAAGAUCUUCAUGGCAUAGUAUUUUUGCUUCAUGACAAUGCAAGACUCCAUGCUUUGAAAGUUGUAGAAGUUUUUUUUUAUAAUCGCUGCAAUGAAAAGUUCUGCCCAGCCGCCAUUUUUACCUGACAUUGUUCCAUACGGUUACCAUUUGCUCCAAUCCAUGACACAUGACUUGUCAGGUCAGUUUCAAAAACUACGACACCACCAAAAAUUGGAUCGAUUCAUUUGUCGAAUCUGAGGAAAAGGAAUUUUUCAAACGUGGUAUUCGAGUCUUAGUGGUGGUAUAUAACGAUGGACUAUACUUUGAAAAACGAUGGACUAUACAUUGGAAAACGGUAUGUUAUAAAUAAUCUGAUUUCAUUUAUCAUAAAGCCGUUUAUUUAAAUUUUACUGACACCGACUUCAGUUACAAAAGUCUGGCCCAUGUUUCUGUUCUGUGAUUUUCAUCGUCGACCCCGCAAACUAUUGAAAAUAACCUUCAAGGUGCAGAAAUGUGCAAGAUCGCAUAGUGGUUUCUGAAAAGUAGAGAAAAAAUGCUAUAAAAUCAAAUACAAUUGAACAGUGGCAGCCCUUUCCUACCUAUAUAGGACUCUAAUCGCAAAACAUCGUCAUUGCGCCAUAUAUUUUGUAUGGAAGGAUGAAAAGAAAGUUUACAAUACCCUAUCGUUGAGAGGAUAGGGUGAGAUUAUUUCUUAUUCAAAAAUUUUUAUACUUUGAACUGUAAUCCUUCACUUAUCUGAGAAUUAAAAAAAAAAUAAUGCAGUGCAGGAAAAAAAUAAAUUUAUUUCUUGGAUUGCUGCCACCUUGGCAUCACUGUGUGCGCUGUCGCAUCGUUGUUGGUUUCCGUUUUUUCUUCGCUUUCCUUGCAAUUCGCAGUCCUAGGUUCGUUGUUAGUUGCUGUAGGCGCGCCUUGUUGUGCAUUAAUUGCAGUUCCUGGAUGGUUUGAUGGUGCAACAGGAGUACUGCGCUCACUAGUUUCCGUUGUUGGGCGGUUGUCCUUGUUUUUGUUUGAAGAUGUCCUUUUCGCAGUUUCAGUGCAUGGUUUGCCGUAGUGUGCAGGUUGUUCACAAAACUGACAUGUAACCAGUUGAUUUUCAUACGUAAUCAGCGUUUUACACGGAUGUACCCCGUCUUGAUCACAAAUGAUGUAAGAUGGAAUUGUUUUACGUAGUUGCAUACGUACCACUCGCACGCCAUUCCGGAUACCGGGGAAAAAAUUUCGCCAUACUUCCCUUUCGAUGGAAAGAACUUCACCGUACUGCGACAUACUUUCCCGAACAAACUGAUCGCUGGUCUGCGGGGGAAGGUCAUGCACGCGUACUUCUAUGGCAUUAUCCACCAAGUACACAGGGAUUUUAUAUUUAACAUUAUCAUGUGCACCCCGUUAUUAACCGAAGGAAAUGCAAUUGCAUCUCUUUCACGUUUGAACAUAAUGUACACCAAGGAUGGCUUUUAUCGUAUCAAAGAACGCUCACUGGCAACUCUUCAACGAUUGAAUCAGUGCCAUCAAAGAGAGAAGGAUAUCAUCGCAACAACAAAAACCCGGCAUGGCUCAUUUAACAUAGAAUCGACACCAGUGCGAGAGCGAAUUUCUCUCGACGACAUUUCUGAGAAUCAAAGGCUAGCACGCUGCUGUGGGGAUCCUCUCUGAAGCAACAAUCGGUCGCUUAUUCUCGUUUCGCGAUCCGAUUCCAUACAGGCAGUUGAUAAUUGCGAUAGAAUCAUUUCACUAUUGCCGCUUAUUCUAACUAUGUGCAUAUAACCUUUGCAUAAGUUGUGUCUAUGAAAAUGUCUGUGAAUGCUCCACACAAGGGUUUUGAAAUAUUGCAACCUAGUAUGAGAAUCAUCAAGUUGAAUCAUUGAUUCGAUUUUCUGCGAUAAUUGUCAACUAGUGAUUCUCUCUUGGUAAAUUCCUCACAGCACCAAUGAUUAUCAGACUGUAAUUUUUUUAAGUGCUGUGAAAUACUCAGAGUAUGAAGUGGAGCGAAGAAAUGUAGAAAAAUUCUCUCACGGUUCAUGAAUUUAGAGACUCGAGUUCUUGUAGCAUCUUCUACCGGAUUGGAAAUGUUGUAUACAAUAUAGAUAGCAAUAUAGCAGCUUCUGUCAAAUUUUCGGCAAUCACCAACACUGAAGUACACACAGUUAGACGCCUUGUUGAAUUGAAUCUCACUUACAUCAUUAACGUUUAGAUGCAUUCGUUUCUUAAGCACGAUUUUAAUUUCGGUUGCUGCUGGUCUAACUUUGCAGCGCUUUAAAUCAAUACAAAUGAAUUUGGUCUUGUAGGCCAAGUUUCAGACUUUGUUAAAUCGUAUUUGCCCAUUUCGUACACUCUAUUGUUCACUACACUGUAUUGUCUUUGUUUCUAUCGUCUCGACCGUAAACGAUUUGCGACUGUGUCGGAUGAGAUGCGAGUACGAACUGAAAAUCUACGAGUUGUUUGCCAACAAAUCUGGUCUUUUUCGGUGAAUUGCUUCACGCAAACGUCUCACAACGCUCAAAUAAUACUCCUUGUUGACGGUCUGGCCUUGUUGAAGGAAUUCAUGGUACACAACACCCUUGUAAUCGCCUAGCGCUUCACUCAUCAUCAUUCACAGACUCACGGCCCAUCUCUGAAACGUUCGUGCCACUGAUAAACGACUGCUUUCUUCAGUGUAUCGUUGCCGAAACACUUUCCUACCGUUUGAAACCGUUUUUAAUGCAAACUCGUUGCAAAUUCAAUUCCAUUUUGAAAAUUAUACAAAAUCGGGGACACGCACAAUCGCAGAUGUCAAAAUGUGUUCAAAAUGAAAAUCGAAGUACAACGAAAAAAAUACAGACUGUACUCGAAAAACAUGCAACAGACAAAACGGAUCACCAGAAAAUCUUUUUAAAUCAGUUAUUUUGGAACCUCUGAAAGAAUAAAUAAACACAUAUUAGCUAUGUUUUUGCAACGUUGGUUUGUUCAACCUCCUCUCCUGAGAUGAAUUUCCGCACUACUGAUCCGAUCAGCGUCAUCUUUCUUACACGCUUUCAUCAACUCUUUCUUCAAAUCCUUGUCGUUUUUGAAAACCAUGCCUAUUCUCCGAAACUGUCCCUUUACAAUCGCUCAGACUGUUAAGCAACAUUGACUUUGUAUCACUUCAUCGCUGAUUUCGAUGCCAAAUCUCGCCAAAAGAGAAUGUCACCUUCGUGGGUCCGAAGGAAGGGCAGCGGACGCUUCUGAAGGUAUUCCUCUCAAUAUACUACAUGGAAUGAGACGUCCCGAGGCUUUUUAUUCUUCAGUAUAAACUUCUUCUUGAGUGAUACAACUUCACCCAUUGGUCCUCCAACAUUUUGAUGCGCUUUGAAAUAAAAAAGAUUUGACAAGGCCUUCAAAAUAGACUUCCGUUUCUGCAAUGAACUCAGCAUUCGACGAAAAUUUCUUUCUCUGGAGAAACCAUUUCAGAUAUGGAAAUAAAGACUGUUCCAGAAAGUAUGGACGCACUUUGAAUUCGCUGUAAAAAAUUUACAAGUGUUAGAUAUUCAAAUUUUAUUCGAUAUACUGACUAGACUACAACAACAGAUUAUUCUCAACAUUUGAUAUAGACUACAACAACAGAUUAUUCUCAACAUUUGCUACUUAGCGAUUGUAGACUAGCUGGCGCACCUUCUUGCGAACGUUCCUCAUUAAAUUCCGUACAAACUUCUUGGCGACAAGUUUUGACACUUUUUUCCAAUCUUUUUCGAACUGUUGAAUGGUUUCGGCUGCCGAGACAUGUUUCCUAAGAUGUGCCUUCGUUAAAGCCCAAAAUUGCUCAAUUGGUCGAAGUUGUGGGCAAUUUGGUGGUUUCAUGUCUUUUGGAACGAAAGUGACAUUUUUGGUAGUAUACCAUUCUACCGUUGAUUUCGAGUAGUGGCAAGAAGCAAGAUCUGGCCAGAAGACAACAGGACCCUUGUGGCAUCGAAUCAUGGGUAGAAGUCGUUUUUGUAAACAUUCCCUGAUGUAUAUUUAGCUGUUCAUUGAAGCAGUGGUGAUGAAGGGUUUCGAAAUCUUACCGCAGCUACAAAUUGCUUGCCAGACCAUAACUUUCUUACCAAAUUUUUCGACUUCGAUCGAUUUCUCGGACUGGUUUAACACUUUCCCUUCUCGCACCGUAUAAUAUUGUGGUCCCGGCAAGGAUUUGUAAUCGAGUUUCACGUAGGUUUCGUCGUCCAUGCUUUCGAACUCUCGGCCUGAUCGAUGCUUCUUGUUUCGGACUACGUUUUGGUUGUUUCUGCUUCUGAUAGGUUCGAAGAUUCAAACGUUCUUUAGCACGAAGAACAUUUGACUUCGAAGUAUUCGCUUUUUUGGCCACAUCCCGAACUGAAACCUUCUUCUUUUGCUCGAACGCCUUCAGUAUACGAGGUCUGUUCAAAAAGUUCCCGGAAUUUUUUAAUUGCGCGCGUCUGGAGAGUCCGGUGGUCAAAAUUUUUUUUUAUUGUGUUGGUACAUAUGUCCCUAAUGUAUGGUGAAAUUUUCAGCUGUAUUCAUUGUUUACAUUCUGCCUUGUAGCGGCUGGUGUAGACGUGUUUUUUUUGAGCUCGGCGAUUUUUGUUAGUUUAAACAAUGGAAGAAUUGAAGAAUUUGUAUUAAAUUUUGGUGAAAAAUGAAAUAAAGUGUAACCAAGUGUGCGAAAUGUUACAGAGAGCCUACGGUGAGUCUGCUAUGAAAAAAACAAGUGUUUACGAGUGGUAUAAGCGUUUCCAAGAUGGCCGCGAAGACGUUGAAGACGACGAAGGCUCCGGUCGACCCAGCACGUCAAUAAUCGAUGAAAAUGUGGGAAAAGUGGAAAAAAUGAUUAUGGAUGAUCGCCGAAUCACUAUUAGAGAAGUUGCUGAUGAAGUUGGCAUAUCAGUUGGCUCAUGCCAUCAUAUUUUUUCAAAUGUUUUGGGCAUGAAACGAGUGGCAGCAAAAUUCGUUCCAAAACUGCUGAAUUUUGAUCAAAAAAACAAACGCAUUACCAUCGCUCAGGAGCUGUUAAACGACGUCAACGACGAUCCAAAUUUACUUGAAAGGGUCAUAACUGAUGAUGAAACAUGGGUGUACGGUUAUGAUGUCGAAACAAAAGCACAAUCGUCCACGUGGAAGCACCCAACGUCACCAAGACAAAAAUCGCCGAGCUCAACAAAACACGUCUACACCAGCCGCUACAAGACAGAAUGUAAACAAUGAAUACAGCUGAAAAUUUCACCAUACAUUAGGGACAUAUGUUCCAACACAAUAAAAAUAAAAAUUGACCACCGGACUCUCCAGACGCGCGCAAUUAAAAAAUUCCGGGGACUUUUUGAACAGACUUCGUACGUUUAUCCAGCUGAGGGUUAGUAGGACCUUUUUUUCGACCCGUUUUCGGUUUAUCCUCAAAGGCGUUAUCCUCACCGAACUUCCUGAUUGCAUUUCGCACGGCUUUUUCACUUACUCCUUCCAUUUUUGCUAUCCUUCUCAGUGACAGUCCGCAUUCUCUACACCAUUUGUGCACAAUUUUUCGACGUUGUUCUGCUGAAAGUCCACGCAUUUCGAAACAAACUAAUGAAAACGAAUAAACAACUGCAGAACUGGUAAGAGAAGAGUGCAAACAACAGGACGCAGCCAUAAAAAUAGACGGAUUCUGAACCAUUGCGAAAUGGCAGCGGUUUUUGGUUGCGUCCAUACUUUCUGGGACAGUCUUUAGGUAAUAGUCGUUGGGGGUCAGGUCUGGAGAAUACGAGGGAUGGUGGGCCAAUCCGUACCGCAAAUCAUUCAAUUUUACCGUUGCUUUUAUGCAUGAAUGCGCCGGUGCAUCUUUUCCCAUAGCUUGAUUAAAACUAGAACUCGUCUGACACGAUCAGCUGUUAUUUAAACAAAAGUGGAUAGAUUGUCAUGAAAUUUGGUAUUGGGUCAGUCUAGAGGCUUGUUCUCAACCAAAAUAUACACGGUUCGCAACUAUUCACGUCUUUUCUGUGAAAGGCCCGGGACUUUUCAUUUCAUGUAGUAUUUGAACGUGGAUGGUGCCGGUCGUUAUGUAGUAUGGCUUGCUGAAUUUACCGCACCCAUAGAUCGCUUGCCACAUCAAGUACUUUUUUUAAAAACUGUGUCGACUAUUUUUUUCCAAAACUCGAAAAACGGCUGUCUCAGUCUUAUAAUACAAACGAACGUUGUUUACUGUCCGACGUUUCGGCCUCUGGUGUAGGCCUUUUUCAAGGAAAACUGGAAAAUUUUGUAUGGUGUUACAUUGACAAAAACAAAAACAUUGACAAAAACAAAUAAUACAAUGUAAAAACUUACUAAAGUCUAUCGUUUAUAGUCAAAAUGUCGAUUUCUGACGCUACGUUGUCUGGUCAAUUUUAGAACAUGCUUUAAGAUCAUUUAAGGUCAUUUACAUAAAUUCUGCAUCAAAAAUUAUGAAUUUUGAAUCGAAAAUUAUUUGAAUUUUUCAAAACUUCUCCGGAACAUCCUGGCGGUCCUAUCCGGUGAAAAACUUCAGGCCGAGGAUCAUCAAACAGUACAAAAAUAAGGUUAAAAUCUUGACAGAAUAAACUUGGAUUUAAACAAAUUUGCUGUUAGUUCAAUCCAAGAUGCAUUUUUUAUUCAUUAUUAGUCAUCUUAAAACUAAUUACAGUUACCUUAUUAGGCUGCAUGAAGAAAAUACGAAUUUUUAAGUUUACCCCAGCCAUUGGGGUCUGUGUAGACUUCUUUGCAACCGAUUUGGCUGCUUUUGUUCAAGGUUUUCGAUUUUUUUUUCUAUAGUUGUAGUUGUUGUUGUUUAUAUUGAAUUCUCUCUUCAUGAGAGCCCAAUAUCGCUCGAUAGGAAUAAAUGGAUAUGCCUUUUUCGGUACAACUUUUGCUCCAUUCGCUGUAUAACAUUCCGAAACAUCUUUGGCACAAGAUGCCAAAUCACGCCAGAGUAGCGAGGGAGCGACAUGGUUGCGUAGGAAUGGUAACAAUCGCUUCUUCAUGGUAUUCUUCCCGAUAUAUUUUCUUUUUUUACCGUUCCGAUAGUCAGGAAGCUUUGGCUUACCCAACCACAGUUGCAUAUUACCUGCCAAAUCAAAUAUUUUCUUAGGAAACGGCUUUUUUUUAUGGUUCGGUACAGAUUUUACCUUGAACGACUACAUAUCUUGCCCGGUGCUUGAAAGUAUGCACGAAUGUUGGAGACAUUUCUAUUUUUCCACAGUCACAGUACGCACCGAUAGAUCUGGUCUCUUCUGCAAUAUUGGCUUCACCUUCGCGACCUUCUGGUGGUUCAUGAGAUCCGUUUUUGUUCCGCCCGGUUGUUGGCAAACGUGUAUCGAAAGAUUUCAGAACGUUAUGGACAGUGCUUGCAGGCAAACACAGCUUUUCUGCAAUUUUUCGCACCGACAGAUCCGGAUUUUCAUUGCGACUGCACACAAUUGCACACAAGCUUGUAGUAUCAUCAAAAAUGGGUUUUAUACAAUGAACAGACAUACGUUCGUCAGUCUGCAAAAUAUUUCACUCGUCGAUGAAGCUCUUCCAGAGAUUUUGUCUGGAACAAUUCUUACCUUUUCGAUGAGAAAAUUGAUUUUUCAAAUGUCGCCGAAAACAAUCUAGCAAACCGUUUAAGGGGUAAAGCUUUUCAAUAAUUUUCAAGGAACUUUUGCUUAGGUCUUUGUCAAAAGUUAGAAAGAGUUAGAGUUAAAAUGGCAAACUGAUGAUGCAAAUUAUCCUGCUCAAUGUUUUUUUGUCACCAGAUUCUAAUCACGAAAAUGCUCUAACAAAGAAGAGAUGUGGCGUUUUUUGUUCGACUGAAAACCGUUUUAGUCGCAGUAAAAUAGGUGAAGGAUGGAUUUACUGUUCGAAAGCAUAAGGUUGUUCAUUGCAGCCCCAAACUUUGAACGGUUCUGUCGUUAGACACAUUUCUGAUUGAACCUUCAGUCGCAUGUAUGUCUUCGUCAUCAUCGCAAAUGAAACGUGUUUGGGUAUAACUUUCAUCGUUUUGUACACUGCAAUCGUAUUUUCGAUUGCCAAUGAAUCGAUUGAUGGAGAGUUGAACCUUUGGUUUAGAGCCUACGACACUGCAAAGAAACAAGUCAUCAUUUCAACGUCUGCUUAGUUGCCAAUUCCUGCUGCUGUCGCCACUUGUUUGCAAAGCCAAUCUAAUUGGAAGACUUUUUCAAUCGAAAGUAUCAUUUUUCACUGAUAGUAGGCGUUGCUUUGCCGAGACUUGGAACCGGAAUAGUGACCUCUCGCGACGGCCAACGGAUCGAAAACUGAGCAAACAGUAAUGCGAUUUGUGAUAAACCGACAAAGUACGAAAUUGUAGCUGGUGGGAAUCUCCCGCCAGUAAAAAAUAUUUUUAGGAUAAGAUAGGCUUUAAAUCGGACCUUUUUUUAUUUAGGAAAAAAAACUAGCAGGUCAUAGGUUUCAGCGCGGAGCCAAAAACAUUCGCAAAACGAAUAUCCCAGUGUACUUGUUUUGUUUUGUCCAAUUCUGACUCCCAGCAAAAUAACGAUAGUUUGACACUAAUAGUUAGAAGCUUUUACCGGUGCCCACGUUUAGGGUCAAUAGCUGAAUAGCUACUCGAUGGUCGGUCAUUUCAUUUCACCCCAGUAUACCUAACAAUAGCAACCGUAGAUUACUUCCACUGGAGGAGGAUGCAGUUCCUUCCGUGCGAGUCGGCCUGGCAGCAGGCAAAAAUACAAGAUAAGCAUACAAACAUACAAUAAAUAUAGGAACAAUCAAAUAGUUGGUAUAAAUUUAGCCAUCGUCAAAUAUUUGGCACUUGAUAUCUGCUUCUGUUGUAUCACUGCUGAGCGUGACGAUUGUUGUAAUCCAAAACAAAAUUUAGAAAUAAAAUGCAUAACAGAUGUCUGCAAAAAGCAGAUCGGAAUAAAAACAAUCAAAAUUUGGUCACACAUUCGAUGUGCUCUAGGAAUAGAUUUGCAUUGAUAGAGGGAAGAAUAAAAUUUUUCCGUAAAAUUACACGUAUAUACUCUAGGACUAUAGGUUUUCUUUUAUUCUUUUGGUUUUCGGCGAAUCCUCCUUUCAAACGAGUAACGAUCCAACGCGUUAGUAGUAGAUAAUCAUUUACCAACCUACCGCAAAAAUGGAAUCCAGCAAACUAACAAAAACUCAAAAUAGCUGUCAGUUUAUUGGAUGUUUAAACGUAGAAAUUGACAACACGAAUGGCAUAUAAUUGUACUGAACUGGAUUAUUACACAAAAUGAUAGCAAAGCUAACUCAUUUAAUGGAUUAAAAAAAGAACGAAACAUUUAUUGUCCGAUCAAGAGACGAAUUUCAGCGCGUACAUUUGAGAAUGGAAAAUAAAAAGUACAAAUAAAUGUUAAGUAAACUCUUAAACAACAGGUUGUUUCACUUUCCCCGGGGCUGUUAAUGGAGCAAGUUUUGAACUCAAUUGUUUGAUGACAGUUCUCACGUCUCUUUUUUUCCAAUAAAAUAACUGUUUUCCCUUCCCGCCAGCGUCCCGAAACGAUCACAAAUGCAAAGCUUAUUUUCAUUGAAUCAAUCGCACUAACAUCUGAAUUCUAACUUUUCUACUAUUUCUUCCUUCGACAUGCUUCCUUUACUAAUCUACUAACACACACAAAUCACACGCAAACUCGGAACCUGGAUCAAC